AUGCCUGAUUUAGAGACGGGCGAGAUUCCUUCUGAGGACAUGGAGUAUCAAGUUGACAUUCAUAUAUGUAUAGCUGACUCACUGUUAUGGGAUUGGUAUUUGGAGGGCCAACCAUGGAAUCUACCCAGACCCGUACCAGAAGACUUCGGACACAUGGUGCACACCCCCAAACUACCAGACAGCUUGAUGUUUGAUUCACAAACUUUAAAUCAGAUUAAAUUAUCAGAGCUUCCAAGCGCAUAUUCUAACAUGACACGACCGUUGAAGAGCAAAGCAUUGGAGCUUGGUCUUGACUCCAAGGAGUUUCGAAGCCUGUAUCGGAGAGUAUUUCGAGAUGUUGUGAGCAGGGCUCAGGGGUUCGAGUCAAGGGGAUGGUUGAUGUUUCGAACCGAAAGGGAACUGUAUGUGAUCCUUUGUGGGGCGAGAACUCCUGGCUUUCACGGAAUAAACCCACACAUCGCGAUAUACUACGAUUUGACCACCCGUGAUAACACAGCGAAAUAUUUACGAAACACGAUAGGAAAUGAUGACGAAGAGCGUUUCAUGCUCAGAUACGCUAGACCGCCAGGAUCAUAUUCAGAAAACAUUUUCUUUACUUUGUGGAACAAGAUUUUCCGUGAUGGAUGUCCACACCUUCCAGACCGAAGUCUUACACGAUACAAUAUUGACAAGAAGAUCAUAUCCUGCCUCGAAGAUACACGAAAAGAUAUGCCUGGGCAGACUGUAGAAUUCAACAUAUACCGCGCCGAAUUGCAGAUGUGGAAGUAUUACUUUCCAGAUACUGAAUUCCCAGGAGAAAAUCCAUACGUCGAGGAAUUUUAUGAAAUGAUGGGCAUGGAGACUGAAAACAAAGAAGCAGAGCCUGAAGAUGAGGAUCCGCGCCCACGUAGCGUUCAAGCUCACGUAGACAGAGACACAAUUUUGCGAAGAGUUCGUAGACGUAACCGUUCGAUUGAAACCCAGUUCGAGUUCGAUUUGACCGCAAUGCCAGGAGAGUAUAUUGAAGAACGCCCAAAACCUCUCCUCAAACUACCGCUUCAUCGUUCACCUCCUCCUUCAGAUGCUUUUCCACCGCCUCGGGAGCGCGGCACACUAGAUGACGGGAAUUAUGUUGAUUGGAACGAGGCUGUCUUAUUGGAUGAUGGAAAAACUCACUAUGUGGGAGAGAAUAGACAUACAUAUGUGUGGCUGGAUCGGACGAUGCAAGCAUCAGCUCCUGAUAAGAGUUGA